CUAACAGACGCAGGCUGUGUGGCUCAAGGGUCACGUGGGGACCAUGUGGUCUAAGAGUUCUCUUUUCUAAGUCACACCACAAAUUAAAGCAGUUUUUGCAUUUUGAACACAAUCUAAUAUAGAUAAGACUAUGUUUUCGUGACAUAAUCUCAAAUUUAAAAAUCAGUGGAGAAAACAAGGGGGAAAAAAGUAUGAAGAGCACUUAAGAGAUGAAAGGCUCCACCUAGUUACUAUGUGACAGCCAAGUGGUUGGAGGUUUGUGCAUCUCUGUGUUAUCUCAGAGUCAACACACGGCACAUCAGAUAAGUACAAUGAGUGAGAGAAGUCGAACAACAGCCAUCGAUUUACGCAGCACUGUCAGGUUUUUCCAUUUUGGACGUACGGCCAUUGCUGGAUAAAAAAGAGAACACACCAUAAAACACAACAUCAGCAUCCUUAACUCACCAGCACAAUGAUAUCAUCGGGAGACAUUUUAAACAUCACCAAGGUGUGGACUGAGUGUAUGGAGAGGUUGAAGCUCGAGCUGUUUUGCAUCCCUUGUACCGUCAUCACUCUGACCACCUUGGUCAUCAAUCCCAUUCUGCUCAUAUGUAUUUUUGGCUCCCGUGCCUUGCGUCGGGAGACUCGUUACCUUCUGGUGGCCAACACCCUGAUUGCAGACAUACUCUUCCUCAUCGUCAACUUGAUCAUAUUGGUGUGCAACACUGUGAGAGCUCCGAUGCCCUGGAGUAUUUGUGAGCUGCUGACAGCUGUCAACGUCACUGCCUACAGCUGUGCUAUCCUCACUGUCACACUCAUGGUGGCCGACACCUUCGCUGCCGUACGCUGGCCUCUCCGUUAUCAUAACCUUCUGACACCUGCCGGCACCUUUGGAAUAUUGCUGGGGGUGUGGGUGCUGGCCGCACUCUACCCUUUCACCUCAAUGAUUGUGGAAAGGUAUAAGAUAGGAAGUUCUAAUGAAGCUGUGUCUGUGUGUUUGGCUCUCAUCUCCCUCGGCUUAAUUCAACUCGAAAUUGCACGAAUCCAUGUUUUCUUCUUUGUAGCUGCCCUAAUAUGCACAUUCCUAAUUUUUUACUGCUACAUUCGGCUCUACAUGAUAACAAGGACGCAGGGCAUCUGGCAGAGUCGCUUCUCGAGGGCGCGGGUCACUGUGCUGGCCCAUGGGGUACUGCUUCUGCUCUACUUUGCCCCCGGGUUUGUUUUUAUCCUGGAGCUUUUCAUGUUCGAACAUAACACUAUUAGUCAGGAUGUCCGUGUUUGGGUCAGUACAGUCAAUACAAGUGUUUUGAUGCUGCUGCCCAGAGCGUUUGCUCCCUACCUGUAUGGGCUGAGGUACAGGGACAUCGCUGAUUCUGUUACGCUCCUGCUGCAUUGCAACAGGAGACUCAGCCACAUCACUUUAACAUGAAGACUUUAGA